AUGAAGCUAGCCACACUCCUUCCCAUCCUCCCCGUUGCUCUCGCGGCCACCGAUCACGCUUUCACUGUUGAAGCCAAUGCCCAGGGCUCAGAGGUGCAUGGCCUCCCUUUCAACGCUCUGUUUUCCUACUUUUUCCUCGGCCAUAGUCCGAAUGUCACGGCCUUUGUCGGCGAUGAUGGGGAUGCUUUGAUACGACCUUUUCCCUUCUACAUAAAUACAAAACUAUACCAGCAACAAAUACUAACAAAAAAGACCAUAAUAAGCCCCCUCAACCAAAAAAUGUACAUCGACUCCGCCGGCCACCUCCGCUACACCGAUCCCUCCACCUCCCUGCCUUCCAACGCCCGCGCCCUCCACGUCUCCCAUGCACCAAACGAUAAGGGUAACUAUACCAUUCAGGACGAGAACGGUGCGGAGGCUGGGUUCCUGGCUUGUCCGGUUGAUGGACCGGGCGGGAUUGCGAGUCUGGCGUGGCAGAUUUCGGUCGCGUUGCCGGAUCAGGUGCUGCCGGAGGGGUUGAGGGAGUGUACGGAGUUUUGGGGGAGGACUUUUGGGGUUUAG